CACAUUGCGAAACGCUAUUUCGCUGGGACACAUCUCCAGUAGUGCACAACUGUAGAGUACAGUUAGAGAUAGGGAACCAUCAUGACGUCCAAUACCUAUCAUACCGUGUCAUCGUUAGACCUUUCAAAAUUGUCAAAAGGUGACACCAUAUCCCAUGGCUGCUUCAAGGGCCGUGUGCUUUCGCGCAUUGUCACGAAUCACAGGCUUAGAUACGAACUGCAGGAUGUGUCUGGGCCUAACGCCAAUGUGUACUUUGCGCACGACCGUGGUUUGUUCGUUAUGGCUGACUUCAAGCUCUCCAAGGAAGAGAUGGAUUUGCUUAACAAUGCGGGACCCCACACUCAACAAGACCCGCUAUGUACGACAACUGAGGGACAUAGGCAAGUGAAGGACCUGCUCAACACCAUUCAGAGGCACGAUGUGCUGACAAUCCGAGGUAUCCGAGUGUCCAACAAACUCGCUGGUCAGCCGGUCAUAGCCCCCCUUGCGACUCAAAUUAAGGUAGAAACGGCAGUUGAGCGAGGCACGUCGGUGCACAUAAUCAGCGGCCAUCCCCUGCGCUCUACCACCUCCAGCCCCGCCAUUAUGAGCACAAUCGCCACAGAUUCACAUGCACAGCCUACCGUACCGUUGAACCCAAGUAGUACCGAACUUCAUUCCAGUGCAGGGACAGAUAGUUUAGGUGAGAGUGGGAUACACGCAGCACGCCCACAGCCGUUGACGUCUUCGUAUUCGCUGCCACAGCCUGUACGUCAUCAUUCCGAGACAGAGCCUGCAGGCGCACAUGAUAGAGCUGGUAAGGGUCACGGUGUCACAUACAACACACGGGGUGAUGAUGACAACACACACGAGGCUACGGGCAGCAGGCACGCCAGCACAGACGACAAACAUGUUAGUGCAAGCACCAAGAACAUCGAUAUAGACGAGACAUGCGCUGAUGCAAACAGCAGACUCGAAGAUGCACAUAGCGUGUACGUUGAAACCGACAGCCCAGACUCGGGCAGCGGAACAGUGCAUAACAGCAAUACAGAGCUCGGUUCAAGCAAAGACCGUGUAGAUACCGAUAAUGCGCACGUGGAUGUGGACAGGGUAAACGUACAUACAGGUGACAGACCCGUUAAUACGGACUGUAGUCCACUCGACACCGGCGGCAUAAUCGUUAUUCCGCGCACCACGCACAUCGAUGUUGACAGCAUAGACCUUGAUACAGGGUGUGCACACGACGACACGAGGAAAGAAUUCGUUACAGCGAGCCACCAACACGCGAGUGCUAAUAGUGGAGCCACAUGCGAAGCCGAUGCUAUCACUACGCAACACAGUGAAAGCAGGUCGCGCAAUCGGCCGACUGAGAGUGCAACAUACAACGACCGGGCAAAACGUUUGCGUACUGAAACGGAUACAGAUAAGACUGGGCCGGGGGUGCGUGCCAGUCCUACCCGGACACAGCACACUAAAAUCGGUUUAAUGCCGAACACCAACUCCAGUCAGAGAACAACUACUGACGCCAGACAACCACCACACUCAGGUUUAUGUUCGACGCCAAAUGCUAACCACAGCCGUACAACAAAUACGAAUACCAGCCAAGCACACCACACAAAUACUAACAAAAUACCAAACAGCAUUCCCAGUCGAACAACGACUGCUAAUACGCGACAAUCACCACGCACAAAUCCCAAUCCAAUACUAAAUACGCCUCUCAAUCAACUGCCAAGGACAGGUCCUGCACAAACACACACAACUUCAAAGUCGGCGUCUAGUACCAAUGCCGAUCAGACGCCCAUCACCAAUCCCUCACACGCACCGCGGAAACGAUAUCACACAAUAGACGAGAUCAUGCGGAUGCCUCUGGCUCAACUGCCUCCCAAAGCGCGCGAGUUGAAUGUGUAUGGGGUUGUGUCGUGGGUUGGAAGCUGUCAGACAUCCAGUACGGGUGAGUUCUACCGACAACUGUCGGUGGUGGAUGAGACAGUGAGACAGGCCAUGUGGGACAAUGCCGCGCUGAAGGUGAUGCUGUUUUUUAAGCAGAGAGCAGCAAUGCCUGGCGAUGGCUUGAAGGUUGGUGAUGUAAUUCGGUUCCACCGUGCGCAAAUAGAUCUGUACAACGGCAAACCGCAACUGAAGAAGUCCGGCAAGGCGUUCCAGUGGGUUUACUUCCCCAUGCCUACGAGGCCGAUUGCAUUUGGCGCGUCGGGCACUGUACAUGAUGUGCCCAAGUACUGUGGUGCAAGACCCAAGCAUUCUCCAGGCUUGACUGCAAACUUCACAGACUUUGACAAUCAGAGAGUGAGGGAAUUGGUCGUGAUGUUCCACAAAAUCAGUCCGCCGUCUGUGCCGUCUGCCGGUGGCGGCUCAGCAGGCGACGACCAGUCACAGCACACAGCGCAUCUGAUACCAACACGUACUUCGGAAAUCCGCAGUCUUAGGCAUGACACCGUAGCUAGCUUGAUCGUACAGAUUGUACAUCCACCUCGUUUGCCCAUGAAACCGAAGGAUUUCGUCGCGAACUUCUUUGCAUGGGACGGCACCUCCUUUGCCCAUUCGGGGCUGAAUCCAAAGCAUAACAAGAUUGUCCACGUUGCGGCCUUCCAUGCGCACAUGACCGUGGCCAAAGCAUUCAAGUCUGGGGAUUGGGCCGUAAUCGUGGGCGGUAAUAUAACAUACCAGGAGUCCAAGUCAAGAUAUAGAAUCACUGUGAACGAUCGCCCAGGUAUCCAAUUAUUCAAAUUGAGUGAGACCCAUCCGUGCGUGCUGCCCAUCAAAAGGAAAAUUCUGGAUGGGAACAUACAGUUCCCUGGAAUUCCUGAUGACCCAGCGGUAUCUUGUGCAGGAUUUGAAGAGAAGUGCUACACACCCAUCCGAGAUGUCAAGGCCUGUGAGAGUGCGACAAGCAAGUACAAGAUCAAGGGAUUAGUGCAGUCUGUCACCCACGACGGCAUUCGCAGCUGGCAUCGGAUCUGUCCUGCCUGUAGUAAAAGUUACACGCCUACCCCCCAAGUCUCGGAAACCCUCAAGUGCUUGUCAUGCGGCAACUCAACGAUACUAAGUGUUUUAUUUGAGAUCGAAGUGAGAGAUGUCACCGGCUCGCUGAAGGUCCUCGUUACAGGCCAAGAAGCAAAAGACUUCCUGUGCAUCGACAACGACAAGGAUGUGACAGCCUGUCUGGCCAAUCUAUCGCUGAUUAAGCCUGAGGCCCAUUUCGAGUGCUGCAUUAAGAGUUAUGAACUGCCUACGGGAUAUAGGGUGUAUCAGCUGUUUCACACCUUGCUGUAUGCUUCUCAACCGGCGCACUAAUAAACUCAAAAUCUCAC